CUUCCACCCCAGUCGCUGCGUUUCUUGGUCAGGGUAUAAGUGCUCCACUGUCUUCGUACUCACCAGCACCUGAUAUUGUUGGGCGAAAAAAAUUUUAUUCGCUAUCCUGAUAGGAAAAUGUCUGAUCAGGAGGAAGAAUUUAAUGCUCAGAAUGUUGUUGAUGCGUCAGAAGAAAGUAAAGAUGCUUUUGAGUCUAUCAAUAUUCCAGAUUCCUCAGAAGAGCUUCCAGAGUCAGAGCAAACUGAAGACAAUGACUCUGAAUUAGAACAGUCUGGUGGGAGCCAUGGACCACAUGUUGAGGAGGAGACUGACCAGAGGGCCUUAAGCCUGGAACCAAUCGCUGAUGCACAGGCCUCGGAAGAGGUUAUGUCACCCGAAUAUGUUUUGUCUUCUCCGGGUCAUCAUGAAGAGCCCUAUCUAACUCAUUCUGAUACUGCAGUGCAGUCAGCCGAACAAUAUAUAAAUGAUGGUUCCCUGACAUUUCUGGAUAAAAUAAAGGCUAUAAAGGAAUCUCUGAAAGAAUCUGCGAAAGAUUCUUUUGCAACAGUAAAAGUUGUACUUCUUCCUGUGUGCCAGGAGAUUAUAAUGCCUUUUAAAAUUGACACCAUUUUUAAAUACCUCAAAGAUCAUUUUUCAUCCCUAUUAAGUGUCCCACCUGAUGUACUGCAGAUACAGUGUUCAGGAAUGAUUCUUAAAAAUAAUGAGACUCUACUACAAUAUGGAGUUAAGGCACAGGAUAUUGUACAAGUGGAAAUCUUUUCUACACAUCCAGAUCAAUAUCCAAUCAAAAGAAUAGAUGGAUUACAUGAUGUCUCUCAAAUCAUAACUGUCACAGUACAAACAGGCGUUGAUAAGUUUCAAGAGGUAGCCGUUGAGAUUAUAAAAUCUGACUUUCACAAACCAUUUCUUGGUGGAUUCAGGCAUAAAAUAACAGGAAUAGAAUAUCACAAUGCUGGAACACAAACUGUACCUAGAAAGAUUGCUGGAAAACACAGUGUAUUUUGUAGGGAUACUCAGACAGUUUUUCAGAGAAAAAAGCUCCAACAAACUGCAAAUACCACAUCUACACAGAUGACUAAAAUUGGUGUGUAUGUAUCAAAUAUGACUGAUAAACUGGUGACACCAGGAAAGUAUUUUUCAGCAGAAGAAUACCAUGCUCAAAGAUUAAAGGCGGUACUAGUGCUACAGACCUACUACAGACAAUGGCACGCUAAAAUUGUGGUCAAGGAAUUAAAAAAGCAGAAAAUGUUAAGGUUGGAGUGGCAAGCACAGGAAGAAGUAAGGAAGACAAGAGAAAAAGAAGCAUGGAUGCAAUUGGACUAUUACCGGAGGCAUAAUCCUCAAACAAAAGAAGAUUUCGAACUUCUUUAUAAUGCUCUAGAAUUCUGGCAGCGAGAAGAACUUGCACAUAUUAACCAGUCUUUCACUGGAGCUGAAAGGAAAGCUGCUUUGUGUGAACUUCUGGAAAAAGAGACCCAGAUAAUUGCUUCCAUUGGGAGACAUAGAUACGUCGCUUAUAUGGCGAACCAGGAAGCAUUAAUACAAGCUUUUUUGGAUAAGUGUUCAGCUCCAAAGAUGUGGAGAACAUUUGAUGGCAAAAUGAUGGAAAUGGAUACACAGUUUACCAUCAGAGCCCGAGAACUGCAGAACAUCUAUAAAUGCAUUAUGCUGAAAAGUAUCUCUCAAGAUGAGAGGCUGGAUGUACUCUUGACACUUAAACACACUGUGAAGGAACAUGACUGUAAACUGACUCAGGAAAUUUUAGAAUUGAUUGACAGAGAGGUUGACCUUAUGAUGAGAGGAGUCAAACAUCAAAACCUUGAAGGACUCAGGAAAAGAAUUGCAACACUCUUUUUUCAUUACAUCAAAACGCCUCUGUUUAAUCCAGAAGUUGCAAGACACCUUAAGGCCCCUCAAGACCCAAUGAAGUUUUAUAAGAAGAUUUACUUUUGCCACAGUUGCCAGCUCUAUUUGCCUUCUACUGAGUUUGCUGUAUCAUCCACUUCACGACGCAUAUACCGCUGCCGUCACUGCAUUAACCUUGACAACGAGACUCGACAACGGGAGUCAUUUCUGAAAUACAAAUGUUUGCUUCAACGGCUCUACUAUUCAGAAGCUGAUUAUGAAGAUGAUUCUAAAAUUGCUUUCCUCAUGCAGCUACAAGAUAUUCAGUACCUGACCGAGAACAUCUGGGCGUCCCAGUCAGUCCUCAGUGCCUGGACCAAUCUCAAUGAUCUGGUCAUGGUCCGGUGGGAUAAGUCCUUGGAGUGGUCCCCCUGGAACUGCAUUCUUCUUACCAAAGAUGAAGGUGCUGCUCAUCUCAGGCUAACAAGUAUUGAACAGGGAUAUGAACCCUUGUUUAUUCACAAGAUCAAACACAAGCAUAUCCUGGCUAAGAACUAUUUUUCUCAAAUUCCACUGCUGGCUUCAUGUAUACCUGACGGUGAAAUAGAUGCGAUCAGGAAGAAAUAUCACCCAGAAACAACACCUAAGAUUAUAAAAGCCCAGGGGCCCGGUCCUUAGAAGACCCGGGGGCAUUUGUUUGAUGAUCCACAUUUUUGUUUACUGCUAACAGAGUAAUACAGAGAUCACACAAUGUGGAAAUAGAAUUUUAUCUUUUUAUUGAUUUUAAUUGUCUUUCAUAAUAUCAUAAGUAGUGUGAAGAGAAAACAUCCCUAUAUAAAUGCUUUAUUGUUAAACAGUUAGUAUUAAAUUGAGAUAUAAUUUUGUUACUGAAAUUAAUGUUUUAAAGGAAAGUGAACAUUUUAUUUUUACAUAUUUUCACAUUAAAAUUUUUUAAAAUUUCAAGUGCGUUAUAAUUAAAAUCAAUAGACAAACAAAAGGUCGGUUUAAUUUUCAGCUCAAGAAAUUUAUUUUAGAUAAAAUGCAGUUAUAGGGGAAUAGUCAGUUUAUGGAUGGGAGGAAAUAUAGAAUUCUCCGUCUUGAAAAUCUUUACAGGUAGCAUAAAAGAUGCUAGGUUUUAAUAUGGGGAUUUGAAUCUUCACUUUUUAUCUUCUACUUUCACCUUCCAUCCUUCUCAAAUCCCAAUAAAAUAACUGAAACUGUUUAUAAACAAAUAAACAAGUGCAUUCCGUGCUGGAAAACAGGGUCAACAGUAGAACUAUCUUUUAUCCUAUGGGAGAAAAACUCCCAGUAGGGCAAUGAUGAAACUCCAUAGGAAGAAUAAACUUGGUCGAGUAAACGAUAACAAUCCCUUUCCCCAAUAAACCAAAGGAAUAACCUUGACCACAUGCAUAUCAGGGAUCUACAAUGAUAAACAAGGGUGUGUGAGUCAGUCUUAAUAGGAAAUGGUGCCCUCAAAACAGGAAAAUUCAAGAAGAGUUUAUUUACAAGGGACUUAUAAAGUGUGGGCAGUGUGUUGGGAAACUAAAGAAAUAGGGCACGGACCCAGGGUUGGUGCUGGAUAAGCCAUCUCUACCCCUAGUCUUAAAUGAACCUGGGAGGGGAGAGGUAUAGGAACAGAGAAAGGGAGUGUAAAGAAGAUGAUUGAGAGGAUCAGUGACCAACUCCUACUGGAACAGCCAGCCUAGUCUCCUGCUUGGGUUUCCCACUGGCAGAACCCAAAAGGAAAGCAGAAGAAAUAGAAGUCUGUUGACAUAAUUCAUACAGCUUUGGGACAGAGAGCAGAAAUAAGGGGCAGAGUGGAUCUGGAUGGCUAAAUAGAAUAUAUCCAGCAAGAGAGAAUUAAAAGUGUAGAUCUGUAAUUCAAGUAGCACUAUUUCACAGCCCCCCCCCAGAAUUAUAUAUGUUCAUGUAUAUAUACAUGUAUAGAGUGCAUAUACAGAGAUAUAUAUAACUUUUCUUCUAAUUCCAAUCACCAAUUAAUGAAGCUGUUCUGUCAAGUUUAGUGAUCAAGGAAUUCAAUCUAAAUGUUAAUAUUUAUUCUACAUAAAUAUUUGCCAACAUUUUAACAACUUGUUUUCUAGGAUGUCUACAGUUUUUUUACUUGGCAAAAGCAUGGCACAUGGCGAUUACUUUUAAGGAACUAAACAUCGAGGAGGGAAGUGCUAUAAGCUGCUGUUAUUUUCAAGUUAACGUGGACAAUUCGGAUGUUCUGGGAACUUUCUAAACAAUAAAUUACAGAUGAGAAUUGAUUGGGGACCAUUCUGACCA